AUGCUAUCAAGAUUCAGAAACAACAAAUACAACAGGGAAAAGAAGGGCUGCUUCUUGAAGAAUGGAGCUGCUAUGUUGGAACAGCUCAUACAUUCUUUCGAUGGGAGUUGUAAUCCGAUUCGGAUGUACUCCGAACAAGACCUCAACAAGGCAACGAAUGACUACGGCUGGGAUGGAAUGAUACAUAGGGAUUGGAAUUCUCGACUUUACAAAGGAGUUCAUGAAGAGCGCCAGAUUUUGGUUAAGGAGUUUGAAGCAGACUCGAGUAGUUACAUGGAUCCUCUGGAAUUGGUUGCGAAUGAAGUAGCAAUUGCCUCGAACAUGAGCAAGCACAAGAAUGUUUUGAAGCUGUUGGGUUGCUGCCUUGAGACCGAGUUGCCUACACUAAUUUAUGAAUUCCCAACAAAAGGUAAUCUCUCCCACCACAUCUAUGGAGAUGGUGAAUCACCACUGUGGCCGAUCAGGUUAAAGAUUGCAAUUGAAGUAGCAGGUGCAGUUGCUUAUCUCCACUAUGCCAUGCCGAAGAUGAUCAUCCAUCGAGAUAUAAAGACUGGACAUAUCUUCUUAGACCAAGACUAUGUCGCCAAGCUGUCCGAAUUCCAAACCUCAUUACCAAUUCCUUUUGGUAAAACUCAUGUAGAUGUUGAAGUGAUUACUGGAACUCACGGGUGCAUGGCUCCUGAAUAUGUUAUAUCCGGACGUACUUCAGAAAAGAGUGAUGUCCACAGCUUUGGAGUUCUAUUAUGUGAGAUCUUUGCAGGAAAGAGAUGGAGUGAUGUACUAAAUUGGUCUAUGGAGAAUGAUUACAAUGCCGGUUCAAGCUUAUAUAGCGAGCUCGAGUUUACGGAGUUAGCAAAUCUUUGCAAAACCUACUUAGAGGCCGAGGUAUUGGAAGAAGAAAACAAGAAGCAAGUAGUGGAAUGUGCCAAGCUCAUAGGGAGGUGUCUCAAAAAAAAUCCGGACGAGAGGCCGAUCAUGAUGGAGGUAGCACAAUCACUGAGAGUGAUCAAAAGCUUAUGA